CCCAUAUACUUACAAUUACUGGAGGUUCGCGUGGUACAUCUACUCUAGUACCGCGAAUAUAAUUUAUAUUAUGUUAGAACCGUAGAUGUAUGACGAUUGUCUUGGCUACAAUCGAAAAGAGAAAAAAAUAACGAAAUAAAAAAAAGAUGACGCUGAGCUGGAAGUUUGGACGCAGUAUUUUUCCAACAAUAUACAAUGCCACGUAACCAUGAAGACUUUACCAUUUGUGAUCCAUGUACUGCUGAUACUGAUAUUCAUAACCGUAAAUAAUUAUGGAAAUUGUAGACCCCAAACAGGACAACCUGCAAGUCAACCACAAGCCGGAUCGCCUCUGGACUCAAGUAUUGGCAACAACAAUAACAACAAUAUCAACAAUAACAACAGCGCCAUAUCGCGUCGUGGUUGGCGGGGUGAAUGGCGGCGAACAGAUCCUGGCACGGUGUACAGUUCCAUUUGGAAGAGCAGUGAUCAGCCGCUCGGCAAAGCCGAAUUGUACAUAAUACUGGCUCUGUUGAUCGGCAUGGCCACCGUCAUAGUCGGCUGUUGGUUAUCGGACAAUUGCUGGUCACCCGAACCGGAACAACACUACACAAUAGCGUGGCACGACCGGCAUCGAUGGAUAUAAGAUCGUCCGCUGUUGUCGUCUUGAACAGCGCAUACCUAGUAAAUAAUACAAAAAUUUUAAUACGUUUUGAUUUGCAUUUAACCUCGCAUUUUUGUACAAUAUUACGUAUUAUGUAAAUUCACCGACCGAAGAAACUAUUAAAUCGUAAAUCAACGUAAAACGAACAACAAUACUAUUAAUAUAAUGAUAUUAGUAAUAAUUAUCAGUCGGAAAUGAUGGGUAAUUAAUUAAUAAUAUGGAAAUUUAUGUUAUGAGAUCGUAACGGUUUCUAACAGAGAUUUAUCGAUAUUCACGACAAAAAAAAAAAUUCACUGACUUUUGUUUCAUCGUAAAUGUCGUAAUAAAUUGUGUUUUCAGUCCAACUGACCGCCGUUACGCUUGUUUGUCAUGUUCAAAUGCAUUCAAUUAAAAUAACACGGUUUUUCAUUUUUUAUUUUAAUUUUAAUUUUAUUGAAAAUAAUACUAUACAAUCAUAACGUUUAAUAAUCCACAUCAUUGGUGAAAUGUAAGCUAAUAUUGAUCUUAAACUCUGAAAUUCUAUAGAUAUUUUCGAGAUAAAAAAGUUGAAAUUGAUGUUCGAUAACAUUUAAUUAUUCCCCCAUUUACGAUCGCCCAACAACAUGAAUUAAGUUACUAUACAUAAGUAUAGUAUAUAAUAUAGUAUACAUAUAAAGUUCAAUGUAAUUUUGUUUUUAAAAUAUCAUGUUAGUAAUAUUACCGCUAUCAUAAGUAUGAUUUUUUUUUUUUUAACUUGUACAUAUAAAGUAUCCUAUUAUCCAAUAAUGAAAUCCAUUUUUUUUUUUAAAAAUGUAUAUAUAAAGUGACCCGUUGAAAUUCAAUCUUAUGUUUUGAUGUGAACUUAUAAUAUAUUAUAUUAAUAUGUAACCUUGUGCAUUUGACCGUUUGGACAUGCAUUUUUCCUUCUAGUUGUCAAUUAUUUACAUCAUACAUGUAUAUACAUAAUAUAUACUUUAUGAUCGUGUAUACAUUUUUGUUUUAAGCCUUUUAUUAACUGUCAAUUACUUAUAAAACAAAAGGCAUUAGAUUUAAUUUUAAUAAAAUAGAAAAAAAUAUGUUGAUAUUAUUUAAUACAAUUGUAAAACAUUAGUAUAUAUUAUUUAUUAUACUUAUUUCAUAAAAAUAUAUUAUAGUGAAGGUUUUGAAUAUAGAGUACCUAUUAUUAUUUACUUUAUUAGUUGUUUGUUUUUGAAUACAAUGAAAUGUGUAUACCAAAAAACAAUAUAGAAAUAAUAUUAUAUAAUGUAACAUUUUUAAUAUUUCCAGAUCAUUGUUUAUAAAAUAAUAUUUACACCCCAUUGUUUACAAUACCACGCACAUAAUGUAUGUGUUUAUAAUUUAUGGCAAUAUACGUUAUGAUGAAACAUUAAUAAAAUAUAAAUCUACUUACUUUAAAUUGUACCCAAAUUAAGUUGUAAAUCUAUUUUAAACUAUAGAAUAUUCGCUAAAAUUAUCAGGUUGCUGUAAAUGAAAAAAAAAUAUUGUUUCAAUAUUCAUGUAUAAAGAAUAUAAAUUUUGUAAUGUAGAAAAAUAAGUUUCUAAGUCCUUUUAAUGGUAAAAUUUGAUAUGAGUUAUAGCUAAUAUAUUUAUUAUUGUUUGUAUUUUAGAUUAAUUUUUAUAAAAUUUAGUACCUACAUAUUAGUUAUUAUAGUAAUUAUGCAAAAAUAUCAUAAUUUAUGGUCCAAAUAUAGUU